CUUGGGAACUUCCAAGACGUGGAUGCUGCAGUACUGACUUGGUUCAAGGACGCACGUUCCCAAAAUGUGCCGGUGUCGGGAACCAUGCUGCAGGAAAAAGCCCGGCAAUUCGCUGAUGCUUUGGACAUCACAGGCUUCGAGGCAAGCGCGGGGUGGCUUCAUCGUUUCCGUGAAAGGAGUGGAAUCACCUGGCAAGUGGUGUCUGGUGAAGAGAAGGCGGCAGACGCAGCAAGCGCUGCUGCAUGGAGGGACGAAAAGUUCCGCGAAAUCGUCGCUUCAUACUCCGAAGAUGAUAUAUUCAAUGCGGACGAAACGGCGUUCUUCUAUCAAAUGCUUCCUGAUAAAACCAUGCAUUUUAAAGGGAACAGCUGCAAAGGCGGCAAGCAGUCCAAAGUCCGGAUUUCGGUAUUGUUAUGCUACAAUGCCACAGGCACCAAGAAGCUGAAACCCUUGGGGAUCGGCAAAUACAAGAAGCCUCGCUGCAUGAGGAACGUUGUUUCAUUGCCGUGCGAUUAUCGGGCUAAUUCACGCGCAUGGAUGACACGAGAGUUGUUCUCUGAGUGGCUACUGAAGGUGGUCGAUGAGCGCAGGUAGGAAAAUCCUGAUUAUCGCCGACAACUGCUCGGCGCAUCUUGCUAAUGUUAGGCUGACAAAUGUACAGCUAGAAUUCUUGCCUCCGAACUGUACUUCCUUGCUCCAGCCACUGGACCAAGGCAUCAUAAAAAGCGUCAAGGCCCAUUACCGGACAUGCCUCGUUCAGCGAUUGCUGAUAAAUCUUGGGAUGAAGCUGCCUACCUCCAUCAAUGUGCUACAGGCCACAGAAAUGGUUACCGGGGCCUGGUGGAGCGUUACAUCAACCACCAUCCAGAACUGCUGGAGGAAGGCAGGCUUGGUAUCUGAAUCUGAACAAGGCAGCGAAGAAAGCGACGCGAGUGGCAUGUGGCAAGAAGUCGUGGAAAGACACGCGAUGGAUGCCUCGGUGACGUUCGAGGACUAUGUGCAGUGCGACGACGAAGCAUGCACGUCAGCCGAACUGACGACCGAUGACAUCAUCAGUGCUGUUCAUGGUGAUAACAGCGACGUGGACGCCAAUGGCGAAGACGACGCUGAGACCGCGCCCGUUAGCCAACCAGAAGAAUCGCUUUCCAACGCCGACAUCAUGGAAUGCGUGCGAAAGAUGCGCACUUACCUUGGCAGGUGCAGCAAUGCCACCGAAGCAGAGCAUAAGAAUGUGGACAACUUCGAAGCGUUCGUCCUGUGGCAGUUGAGCGGCACCCGCCAGGCCAAGAUCACCGACUUUUUCAAAUAA